AUGAAAAUUUUGAAUGUUUUUUAAUAAAAUAAUGAGUUUAAUUUUGAAUUAAAGUUUGGAGAAGAAUUUAGAAAACAUAAAAGUCAAGAAAGUUCAGUUUAAUAAUUUUUAAAUAGUAUUGAUUCUAGUGAAGAUGGUAGAGAAAGAUUAAAUACUAAAGAUUAGAAAUUUGUUUUAGAAGACUAAACUUGUUUUGAUGAAUCUUAAAACUUAAAUAAUUUUAAUACUGAUUAGGAUAAUGAUAGUUAAAUUUUUAAUGGAUAAAGUUUAAUUUUGUAAAAUAAUAUUUAAUCUCCAAAAAGUUAUCAAGAAACUUCCUAAAAUUAUGCAAUAUAAACAAAAGAUAUAUCUCAAUUUCCUAAAAUAUUUGAAUAAUAAUAAUAGAAUUCAUCUAAAAUUUAUAAAAACAUUACUUUAUAAACAAAUAUUAACUAUUAAAGCAUAUAAAAUUAAAAUAUUGAAAAUACAACUCAUUAAAUAAAUAAAAUUAUUAUUUCAGCUUAAAAUAAAUCCAAUUAUAAAUUAAUUAAUAAAAUAGAUUAAUAUUAGAGAAAGAGGUAAGUUUCUUUAAUAAAAAGUGAUAUAAAUCAUAUUUCUAAUUAUAGCGUCCGGCUAUAAAAUAGAGUCGAAAGAUUAAAAACUCCUUCUUUAAUUAAAAUAGGUGUGAAAAAUUUAAGAUCUGAGAAUACUUUGGAAAAAGAUAAUGUGAAUUUACAAAGAAAUUCUUUGUUUUAAGAAAAAAUUAAAGAUUUCAAUUUUUAAAAUAGUAAAAAAUUGCUCGUUUUAUAAUAGAAAAAAAUCUUACAUUAAAUAAUUUACGAAUAAAAAUUUAAUAAAAAAUAUAAUUUUUAUUUAAUUCUUUUCUUUUUCUAUUAUUUGAUUUUAUUGGUGGCAAAUUCUUUGAUAUAAAAUAGUUCUAAUGGUUAAUUAAGAUUGUUUUUUUAAAAUUUCUCAAUUAUAAAUUAGCCUUCCUAUAUAAGUAUUGAUAUAUUAAAUUUAUUAGAUAUCUAUUCUUAAUAAAUCAUUUUAUAAUAAAAAAAUUUCUUUUAAGUAUCUGAUGAAGAUAAAAAAUAUAAAUUAGAAUAAAUUUAUAAAUAAUUUUAAAUUAAUUUCUGA